AUGGGGAACCCUGAAAUCGAGAAGGAUCACUCAGUAUCCACAGACACAGUCGACAUCGAAGCAAAGGAUGUCGGUCAUGUGGCGGCCAUCAAAGCAGAUGCAGCCCUGGACUUCCUUCGUUCAGAGGAAACAAUCACCUUUUCCGAGGAAGACGAGAAAAAGCUCGUACGGAAGAUCGACUGGAUGAUUGUACCCCUUAUGUGGGCAAUCUACUUUCUCCAGUAUCAAGACAAGAUUCUCAUCAACUAUGCCUCCGUCAUGGGCUUUCUCGAAGAUACCAACAUGCGAACAGAUCAAUUCUCUAACUUGGCGUUGGCAUUCUACGUGUCCUAUCUGUUCUUCGAAUUCCCAACGGGUUAUCUAAUGCAACGCUUUCCCACUGCGAAAUACUUGGGGCUGAAUGUAACUCUUUGGGGACUGUUGACGACAUUGAAUUGCACCGCAAAGAACUUUCCUGGUCUUAUUGUUCUUCGCAUUUUGCUCGGAUGUUUUGAAAGUGCAGUGGCACCUGCGCUAAUUUUGAUAACUUCCAUGUGGUACAAGAGAGACGAACAACCCAAACGUAUGGGUUUCUGGUACCUAGGCACCGGCACCGCAACCAUCGUCGGCGCUCUUGUUGCGUACGGGCUGCUCUUCUAUACCGGCGACCACUUCCGGUCCUGGCAGAUCAUGUUCCUGAUCUUCGGACUGAUCACCAUGGCAGUAGGCGUGACCGUCAUUCUUGUCUUCCCCGACAACCCCAUGAGUUCCCGGCUGAGCCACUCCGAGAAAAUCAUGGCCAUCGAGCGCCUCCGCGAAAACCGCACCGGCAUCGAGAACAAGCAGUUCAAGCGCGAGCAGUUCCUCGAAGUGUUCACAGACCCCCAGACCUACCUGCUCAUCGUCGUUGUCACCGCCAGCAACGUCCCCAACGGCGCCGUCAGCAGCUUCUCGGCCCUGAUCAUCAAGAACUUCGGCUUCAGCACCAAGGAGACCGAGCUGCUCACGAUCCCCGGCGGCCUGGUCAGCGUGAUCAGCAUCCUCGUCGGCACGCAUCUGGCCGGCCGCUUCGACCAGCGAUGUCUCUGCGUCAUCGGGAUCCUGGCCUGCGGUCUCCUCGGCGGCUGUCUGCUGGCGUUUGCGCCGACGCAGGCCGCCAAACUGGCGGGGAACUACCUGACCAACUGCAUCGGCGCCUCUCUCCCUCUGAUGUACUCCCUGGCCGGCGCCAACGUGGCCGGACAUACCAAGAAAGUCGCGAUGAACGCCAUCGUGCUGAUGUCGUUCUGUCUGGGUAAUAUCCUGGGCCCGCUGACGUUCCGCACCAAGGACGAACCGGACUACAUCCCCGCGAAGAUCGCGAUUGUAGCGACCGUGGCGGUGGCCAUUCUUUUCACGGUCAUCUUGAAGAUAUACUAUAUCUAUGAGAACCGGCGACGGGACAGAAAGGGGGAGGGUCUGCAGCAUCAGGAAAAUUCCGAGUUCUUGGACCUCACGGACAUGAAGAACCUGGAGUUCCGGUACAAACAUUAG